AUGGCAAUCAAAGGAAAUGCAGUCGACACGCUACAAGGCCAAUUCUCGGGUUACGGGGCCACAAAACAGAUCAUCAACCGCACCCUCGACAAGCUACAAUUGAAAGAGCCUCUAGAAGAUUGGAGUGAUGAGACAUUCCCGACAGUCAUCGCACUGAACAAGAUCGACCAUCCCGAUGCCGACAAGAACGUCGCAAAGAUUGCAAAACUCAACGACCCCAACACACUUGUCCUUUGCUCUGCCAUCAGCGAAGUGUUCUUGCGUCGCUUGGCCAAACAAGGUUUUGUCAAGUAUCAAGAAGGCAGUGAGUUCGUCGACACAAAAGAAGAUCUUAUUGAGGCUGGUGAGCCUGACGGCGGUGGCUUGAAAGAGUUGGACGAGAAACUGCAGAACCGUAUUGAGAACUUGCGCGAUCUGGUGCUCUAUCGAUUUGGCAGCACUGGUGUGAAUCAAGUCCUUACGCGUGCAGCAGAGCUGCUAGGCCUCACACCUGUCUUCCCAGUCAGGAACAUUUCGACAUUCUCGUCUGGCGAUGGACGUGAAGGCGGUGUGUUCAGAGAUUGCGUUUUGGUCAAGAAGUACGUUUGCUAUUCUAAACUAUGCUAG